GAGACGCUCGGAGCUCAACCUUGUGCCAGCCUAGGUCAGAACUCGGAUCACAUCAGACCCUCUCGAGCAGAAGAGGCCUUUCCUGGCCUGGCAGCCCCUGAGCGGCUAAGCAGGGCACCAUGGCAGGACCCCUUCUCCUGACCCUGCAGAUCCUACUGCUGUUCUUAGCCCAGGGAGCUUCUGGACAAGGCGGGAGUGACAAGAUUAUUGAUGGCGCCCCAUGUACACAAGGCUCCCACCCAUGGCAGGUGGCCCUGCUCAAUGGCAACCAGCUCCACUGCGGGGGCGUCCUGGUCGGGGAGAGCUGGGUGCUCACUGCCGCCCACUGCAAGAUGAAUGUGUACACUGUGUACCUAGGCAGUGAUAAGCUGGGAGACAGGAAAGCUCAGAGGAUCACGGCCUGGACGUCGUUCCGCCACCCUGACUACAACACGCAGACCCAUGCGAACGACCUCAUGCUCGUGAAGCUGAGUAGGCCGGCCAGACUGUCAUCCACGGUCAAGAAAGUCCAGCUGCCCUCCAGCUGCGACCCCCCAGGAACCACAUGUACUGUCUCCGGAUGGGGCACUACCACAAGCCCAGAUGUGACCUUUCCCUCUAACCUCAUGUGCGUGGAUGUCAAGCUCAUCUCCAACCAGGAAUGCUCGAAGGUUUACAAGGACUUGCUGGACAGUUCCAUGCUGUGCGCCGGCAUCCCCGACUCCAAGAAAAACGCCUGCAAUGGUGACUCGGGGGGACCGCUGAUGUGCAGAGGUACCCUGCAAGGUCUGGUGUCCUGGGGAACUUUCCCUUGCAGCCAAGGCAAUAACCCGGGAGUCUACACUCAAGUCUGCAAGUUCACCAAGUGGAUAACUGACACCAUGAGAAACAAUCGCUAACCACUCCACCAAGAGUUAAAUAACUGUGUGCUUCCAACAGAACACGCACAGGAAGAAGGACGCUGGUGAUCUAUGACUUUACCUUUCCUCAAAAAUAUAUUAAAAUGUCAUGACCUGUUUGUAAACCAGUCAAACUGGCAAAGACCUAAAACCAAAACAAAUAAAGAAACACAAAACCCUCAGUGCUGGAGAAGAGUCAGUGAGACCAGCACUCUCAAACACUGGAA